CUUGGCGCAGCAGCCGCUGCAGCAGCUGCAGCAGCAGCUGCUGCAGCAGCAGCUGCUGCGGCUGUCCUACACACCACCAGGGAGGAUAGGGUGUCUGGACGCCGCAAAAUGCGCACAGCUGCAGCAAGGAGGAGGACGGCUGGUCCGACACCAGGGCAGCCGCAACGCCACGAAUAUCAAAAAACCCGCCCUGCUGCCCGUCGUCUUCGGGUGACUCAGCGAACAGUUUCCUAUGCAGCGGCAUCUGCAAAGGCUCGAGCGCUGCCAUCAAAGGGAUCCGCAGUGGCCGCAUCAAAGCUCGCCGCUGUAGGUGCAGAGGUGCUGGCGAAGGUGGGGUUGCUCGCUGGAAUUACAAGGCGCGUCAUCAUCUGGAGGCCAGAGGAAAAACUACGGUACGAUUGGCUACGGGAAGGUGGUGCAGGGUUGAGAGGGGGUAGAGCUAGGGGGGCGAGCGGCUGUCGGGAAGGGGCCGCAGUGGCAGCCUCGUCUACAGAUUCUUCGGGCGCAGUCGCAACCACCCCGCGCAGCGAAACUUCUUUGCAUUCGGCUGCUGAAAGUCCUAAUAGCCUGCGCUGCUCGCAAGGGGCCCCCCCCGAGAAGGCGGCAACUCCCCGCGACGGAGGCGGCAUCUUUGGCUGGAUUGCACGCACAUUCUGGGCUUCUUGA